AUGGAAAUGGAGGUUGUCAAAGAGGAGAGUGACAACAUGAGAGAGGCAUGCAAAGAUGAAGAUACAGAGGAACAAAGAGACCUGGUGAAAGUUAAAGAAGAAAGUCAAGAGCUGAAUGAAGUGGAGAAACAUGAGUUUGUCACCGGAGAGCAUUCUUCUAAUAGCUCACAGAUUGAAACGCCUGAAGGAGAUGUUUUCACCUGCCCUCAAUGUGGAAAGAGCUUCAAUGAAAGAGGAAACCUUAAGGCUCACAUGAGAGUGCACACAGGAGAGAAGCCGUUCCCAUGCCCUCUGUGUGGAAAGAGUUUCAGAUUUAAAGGAUAUGUUCGCACUCACAUGAGAAUUCACUCCGGAGAGAUGCCUUUCAAAUGCCAUCGAUGUGGGAAGAGCUUCAAUGAAAGAGGAAACCUUAAGGCUCACAUGAGAGUUCACACUGGAGAGAAACCGUUCAAAUGUGAGCAGUGUGGAAAGACAUUCAAAACUAACAAAAGUCUUAAGACACACAAACAGAAUGACAUUGGUGAACAUGAAAGGCCUUAUAGCUGCCAUCAAUGUGGAAUGAGUUUCUCAAAGAAAACAAACCUUUCAAAUCACACACUAGUUCAUUCUGGAGAGAGAGCUUUCACUUGCCGGGAGUGUGGAAAGAGUGUCAAACGUAAAGGAGAACUUCAGAGUCACCUGAGAACUCACUCUUCUGAGAAACCUUACACAUGCAGUCAGUGCGGAAAGACUUUCAGGUGGGCACAGAACUUCAAGAAACACAUGCUCUCUCACGCUGGAGAAAAUCACCAUAACUGUGAUCAGUGUGGUGAAAAGUUUAGUCUGGCAGAAAACUUGCAGACUCACCUGAAAAUCCAUGCGAAUGAGAGGCCUUACUUGUGUUCCUUCUGUGGAAUGAGAUUUCCACGACUGGACUAUUUGAAAGAGCACCAGAAAUUACAUUUAGGAGUGAGCGCUCACGUGUGCCAUGAGUGUGGGAAUAUCUUCACUAGUGCCACCUGUCUGAAAGAGCACAGGAGAAUUCAUGGAGUAGUAGAGAAACCUCACAAGAUAGGAGAGAAACCUCACAAGUCAGGAGAGAAACCUCACAAGUCAGGAGAGAAACCUCACAAGUGUUCCCAAUGUGGGAAGAGUUUCUCCAAGUUAGGAAACUUGCAGACACAUGCGCGAGUGCACACAGGAGAGAAGUCGCUCCCAUGCCCUCUGUGUGGGAAGAGUUUCAGCACAUCAAGUGCUCGAAAGAGACAUAGCACUAAUAACUGUCCAAAGCUGUCAACGUGA